ACUGCAUGCCUUUCUGCCAUUUCAUCUUGGAUGACAUCUCGCCACCUCAACCUUAAUAUUUCCAAAACAGAAUUAAUUAUAUUUCCACCGGCCAAAAGUAGUUUCCAACCUGAUAUCUCUAUCACUGUUGAGAACUCUGCAAUCACCCCUACCCCACAAGCUCGCUGCCUAGGUGUCAUUCUUGACUCUGAACUGUCCUUUGUUACCCACAUUCAAUCUGUCUCAAAAUCAUGUUACAUACAUCUAAGAAACAUAUCCAAAAUACGCCCUUAUCUUACACAAGACACAGCAAAAACUCUAAUCCAUGCUCUCAUUAUCUCCCGCAUUGAUUAUUGUAAUAGUCUCCUGACCGGUCUUCCCAAACAUAGGCUCUCACCACUACAAUUCAUUUUGAAUGCAGCUGCGAGACUAAUCUUCCUUGCCAGACGUUCAUCGUCUGCAGAUCCGCUCUGUCAGUCCCUCCAUUGGUUACCGGUAUUCUACCGUGUUAAAUAUAAAAUACUUUUACUCACAUACGAGGCUAUUAACCAAACUGCACCAACAUACAUCUCUUCACUCAUCUCAAAAUAUCUCCCUACCCGACCUCUCCGCUCUGCACAAGAUCUACGUCUCUCAUCCACACGCAUUACUUGUUCACACUCAAAAUUACGUUUCUCCCAGGCUGAAGAUGGCUUUGUUUAUCACAAGCAUGUUUCAAUGGGAUCCGGACCUCAGGUCGGAUGCACCAACAUCGACAAUGUCUACAUCGACAACCAAACAUCGACAACACGUAGGUCAACUGUAAUCAUACAUCUACACACUGAACAUCGACAACAGCACAACAUUGACAAACAGAACAUCGAUACAGACAAUAGGUCGACAACAUAUAUGAUCGACAACAGUUCAACAACAUGUAUGAUCGACAACAUCCAUGAUCAACAAACGGCUGAGCGACAACAACAAGAUCGACAAAUGCAAGAUCAACAACACGUUUGA